GUCCCAGCAGCAGCACUCAGUUGAUUAUUCAUUCUGUGCAGGUACGGAGGAAACUGAGCCAGCAGCCAAACCAGCAGCGAGCUGCCCUUUUUAUUCUAACGCUGCUGCAGUGUGCUCCGUGUGCGGGCGCGUGCGUGCUCUCCGGGUACAGGAUUAUCGGAUUGUUUCGCUCGGUGGCGACGGUAGACCCGGAGCGCUGCUGCAGCGGCUGCUGCCGCCUUCGAGCAGAGGGGUUUAGCUAGCUCGGCCAGAGCAGAGCAGAGGACUGGGGGUCAGGAGGAGGGAGAGCUCCGCAGCCCCAGACCUCCAUUAGUCCGUCCACCCAUCCGUUCUGAAGGAGCACCAUCGAUAUAUCAACAAGGCUCGUGAGGAACGAUGCUUCGUUGAUCCAGCUCCAAAAAAAGCAGGGGGGGCUGCUCGCACACAUCCGAGCUAGUCUCACCUCCCCCUCCCUCUCCCGUCCUGCAGCGCCUUGCCCCCCAUCCCGCGCUUCCACAGCCCCCCUACCCCUCCUCUCCUGUCCUCUCCUCUCCUAACCCCCCGCUCCCUUCCCAUCCUACCCCCACCACCCCCCUCCUCACCCCCGUCCAGCACAACUCAUGGCGACGCUCUUGCGUAAGAUCGGCCUGAUCCGGCUGCACGACCGAGACACGGAGGACCCCAAGCACCAGCAGGGCUCGCGCAAGGCGGCCAAGCCGGCCAGCCAGAGCCAGAAAGGGGGCACCAAGCACUGCGGCGCGGGGGGAGACACCAGCAUCCUGGGGACGCCUGAAAUCAAGGCCAAGAGGGCCUCGGACGUCCGGGAGAAGAAGGCACCGGGCAAGGAGAGCAAGGACAAGCAGCAGCAACAGCAGCAGCUGGAGAAACAACAACAACAGCAGCAGCAGCAACAACAGCAGCAGCAGCAGCAGCCCCCCGCGCCGAACCGGCAGCACUGCACGCAGGUCCGCACGCGCCGGCUCAUGAAGGAGCUGCAGGAGAUCCGGCGCCUGGGAGACAACUUCAUCUCGGUGGAGCUGGCCGACGACAACCUGUACGACUGGAACGUCAAGCUGCACCAGGUGGACAAGGACUCGGCGCUUUGGCAGGACAUGAAGGAGACCAACACCGAGUUCAUCCUGCUCAACGUCACCUUCCCGGACAAUUUCCCCUUCGCGCCGCCCUUCAUGCGCGUGCUGGCGCCGCGCCUGGAGAACGGCUACGUGCUGGACGGGGGAGCCAUCUGCAUGGAGCUGCUCACGCCCCGGGGAUGGAGCAGCGCCUACACCGUGGAGGCCGUGAUGAGGCAGUUCGCCGCCAGCCUCGUCAAAGGCCAGGGUCGGAUCUGCAGGAAAGCAGGGAAGUCUAAGAAAGCCUUCAGUCGUAAGGAAGCUGAAGCCACCUUCAAGAGCCUUGUGAAGACCCACGAGAAGUACGGCUGGGUUUCUCCUCCGGUAUCUGACGGUUGAUGAGUUGAACCAGUGGUGUGGCAGCCCCUCCCCUCUUCACGUGGGUUUUUUCAUUCGUUCAUUUUGGUUUUGUUUUUUCCUCACCACCAAACUUUUAUUGAGAAAAAAAGAAAAAAGAAAAUGAAGCGCAACAAAAAAAAGCUAUCGUGUCACACCCUACAAAUGUUGCUGACUCUUCAGAAGCUCACGUCCACAACGCCUGCCCACUCAUCGCUCAUUCCUCACCCAGGUGCCAUGGACCAUACACAGUCGCUGUGACGCUUGCGUUUAUUAACGGUGUGGAUACGACUGCGCUAAAAGACGGACGGUCUGUUGUGCUGAAGGACUGUGGAAACGAUUGAGGCCCUGAGGAAUGUAAUGCCCUCGUAUUGGGACAAGACAUGCCCCGACCCUCACGUCUACUUCUACACUAUACUAUACCUCUUUAUCGUCCUAUACCUCUCUCUGAUCAUCAGUGUGAUCGUGGUUCGUCCUUCUCCUUUCUUCUCCUCCUCUACUUCUUUUUCCCUUCAGGUUUUAUUCCCCUCCUUUUUUUCUUUUUAGAGCUGACAACGCAUUGCACUGAACAGCAUCAGCCUUUCCUUCAUUUACAUGCAAAUGACUCUGUUAAUAUUUAAUAGAUAGGCAGAUUAGUACAGUACAGUACGUUUUGAGGUUCACCUUUUCCCCCCUUUUCUUCUUUGGCUGUGCUAUUUUUCACAGUUCAAUGCAACAUGAAGAUUGUAAUUUAUGUGGAGCUGUGCUCUUCUCUCUCUCUCUCUCUCUCUCUCUCUUUCUCUCUCUUUCUCUCUCUCUGCGCGUGGCUAAAUUUAGUCAUCAUCAUCACUGUGUUGCUUAGAUGGUGAUUGAUUUCUAAUGGAGAAAAAAAAACUCGUUGCUUAUGCAGAGGUACAGUAAAGAUUAAAAAAAGAGUGGUAGUGAACCAUUCUUGCUAGUCAUUUAUCAUUUUUUCUUUUUUGGAGAAGACCAAAAGCCUAUAAUUCUGAUGAUCUUGAUACCAGAUGGCAGCACCGAAUGUCAAAGUCCCUGCGUGUGUUUGUGUGUAUGUGUGUGUGUGUGUGUGUGUGUGUGUGGGGGGCAUACCGAGUGCAGGGUAGGGGUUGCAUGUGCUAAGUGUAGGCAUGACGUGCCCUACAUCAUUACCAUAUUAUGUGCUGGAACACUGGUUAUGAAACUGGUCUUUUUGAUACAGCAAGCGUCAGUGUGUAACAGUGUGACGUAACGUGGCUGCAGCACAGACAACUGGCCUGCAUCCGCACCACCAGAAGGACAGUGCUGGGUUUUGGCACGAUUACAGCUUAUUUCCCCAAAAGCCAAACAAAAGAUGUUUUCCUGAUAGGAGAGAUUGAACGGGUUGACCUGCUCGGCUUGUUUAUCCUUGCGGCGUGGCCAGGCUUUGAUUUGGUUCCCAGUUCUUCUUCCACUGGCUGUUGUUUCCAGUUCCUUGUCGUGCUAAAAUGCUAACUCAGUGCAGAGGCAGCAAAAUGGCUGUUGUUUGGGGCAGAGGGGGAUUUUGUAAGUGAGAAAGAAAAGUGGACAAGGUCAGAAUCUCAGUUACUACUAUCUGUACAGCAUAACCUCCAUGAAUGAAAGGCUUCUAAUUAUUUAGCUAAUAUUAAAACCUAUUAUUUUAUAGCUUAUGUUGGGUAAACACUUUGGUAAAUACUGUGAACGUGUGCUUCAGCUAUAUUCAGGUAUUUAAACGAGUUAAAAAUAGUUAACAGCCAGUAAAGAUAAAAAUGAUUACUAAGGAAACUGCUAGCUCCUCAAACUAGCUAAUGCUAAGUGCUAAUGGAUGCUAAUACGGUAACAAUUUCCCUCCGUGGAUACUGUGCCAAAACAUGCAGGUUUUUCAGAGCUGUAUAGCUUAUGUUUGCUGUGUCUAAAUGUGGCUAACAUCAGCUAGGCUAGCUAAUAUCUACAGUAGCUAACACUAGCUAGAUUAGUAAACAAGCCAGCUACCACAAUUAGCAAAAACUGUUUUUAGCCUGUUUGUUAGCUACAUUAAAGGUAUGUUUUUGGCACUUUUGUGUUUUGUAGUAGCAGCAUGUUUACAUGUUUACUACUGCAUCCACUUUUAAACUAAUUUAGGGAAAACCCUGAUAUUUACAGUUCAGUGUAUUGAUGAUAAUAAUUAGCCUGUAUAUAUUCUAUUGUAUACUAUAAUAGAACAAAAAAGCCUGUGCAUUGCCUGUAAUGUGAGUAUUCAAAUACUGGCACCUUAAACAAUUAAUUAAAUAAUAAGAUAAUUAAUAAUCUAUUUGUUUAGUAGUACCAACUGUGAGGAACUGAAGUGUGGGCCCUCAUACAGAUGCUUAAACUUAAAAGAAGCUAAAGUGCUACAUCCUUGACUGCUUUGUAACUCUUUAUUAGCUUACUCUUUAAGUUUAUAACAGGGCCUCAGGCUGACUCUUACUAGCAAGUACAGUGUGUGCCUGCUAAUGCUGCUGCUAUACUGCUGCUGCUGAUAAGAGGUGAAUUAAGAUGGCCUGAAAGGAGCAGUUCCGAGUGUGUUUAUUGUCCAGCAGCCGUGUGGAAUGCUAGAAGCUCAUUCGGUGACCCGUCUGAUGCUGGGAGACGCACUUCAGUGUUAUCGGCUGCCUCCCUAAAUGUCAGGACGGAUCCGAAAUGGCACGAGCCGCAGCGUCUCUGCAGAGAACGCCCGAGCCUUGAGCCCGUUCUACAGCUACUCCGGUAUAAAUAUGCUAUUAGAUUGUCGCCUGGAGAAGAUGCGUGCUGUUAUGCUGUAGUUUGGCGCAUAUCUCCCUGUGCUAGCCUGUGCUUACCACCACCUCUUCCCUCUCUUCACGCAGUCCCCCGGUGCGCUGUUCCCCUCGUUUUACGUGACUGCACAGUUGGUAGCAGAAAGCCUGAUUAUAUCCUCUGGUGCUUCAGGCAACUUUAAAUGUCAUAAGGGAAGCUGCUAAUUAACAUGGCAUUUCAGCAACAACAAAAAAAGAGAGGGAAAAAGUAGGAAAUAAUUGAAUAAAUAGAAAACACAGGUGUGUCCCCGAUGCUGUUUUGGUCACUGUUAUGGACACUAUGUGACCAUCAAAAGUCUGUAGAUAUAUGCUGGGGAAAUGUUUACUUGAGUUAGCAUUUCAAGCAUUACACUAAUGAGCACCAAGUCUAUGUGGGUGCGUGAACAGUGCUAUUUUAAUUCCACAGCUCUGCUCUUUCAUGUCAUUACAAGCUCCUUAACACAACCCCCUCCCCUCCCCUUAUUAGCAAGGCAUGUAUUUUCAUGUUUUUGCUUGAAGAAGAGUCCUGAAAAAAAAAAAAAGAUCUGUCCCGAAACCAGAGCAGCAUCAUUAGGUCAGCUGUGCUUGGGUUAAAAAAAAUGAAUAAUAAAAAAUAGAGAAAAAAUGAAUAAGAGCUAGUGGGCAGAUACUGAAGCAAACUCCCGAAGGCUUCUAUUAUUAAUGUUUUUGCAGUUAGUGGGUUUUCAGUUCUUAUUUUAAGUCCAGAACAUUGCAUUCUCUAUUUUUUCUGUUUUUGUUACUGUGGUGAUUGGCAGUAUUCUACAUAGAAAGCAAGAAAAAAUAGCUCAGGUUGAACAAUAUUCUCAGAAUUUUUUAUUUUUAAAUUUUAAUUUCAGUUGUUGUUCCAUCCACUACAGAAGCUAUGAAAAUAGAAAAUGCUAAGUAACCUCAUGGUGGUUUGUCCCAGCUCUUAGAAACAAAUGUCAGAUGACCACCGAUUUGAUGGUGUCGGACCCACAGCAGCAGCAACUGAAACCACAUUAUCAUGCCUGUAGUGUUGUGUGUGAGUGAGUGGCCCUCGUAUCCCGUACCUCUCCGUCUGGUAGAAAACAGAUCUCAUCACUAAUGGCAUGCUCUUGGUCUUCUCCACAGUCACUGUUUGGACAGUCAUUUGAAAAGUGGUCGUGUGUGUAUUCGUAUGGACGUAGUAAGAGGAGAUACUAUAACAUCGACUAAUUAUAACCGGUCCAAGUUAUCUCAAAAUUGGAUGUUUGCUGGCUUAAAGAGCAUAAUUUUGUGAUAGUUUAGAUUGGUAGAUUUCAGACACUAACUGAGUUACUUGUCCAAACAAAAGUGAGAUGAUUCUAUUGUAUUAUAUCUGCAUGUGGUCUGUAAUUGUUGGGUAGCUUUCGAUUUUUAUUUUUCAAAGAAAAGCAGGAAAACUAUCUGGGGGUUAAAAAAAAAAAAAAAAGAACAGAAAAAAAAUCUUCUUUGUGUUUUUUUUUUUUUUUUCUGUUCCUGUCCAUUUUUCUUUCAUUAAUGUCUUAAAUGUCAGAUUGUGUUAUAUGAAUGUUUGUGUUUUAAUUUAUUUGUGGUUUGCCAAAAUGAAGAUUUUGAAGCAUGUUGCAGGUAUUGUCACUGAUUAAAGAGAAAAAAAAAGGAAAAAGAAAAAAAAAUGAGGAAAAAAAAAAAAACUUAAAGCAGAAUGAUAUGUACCUGGAUUGACAGGGGUCUGGUGUAUAGGGACCACAGACUCCGAAGCUGUAAGGGAUAAAUGACGAGACAAAGCGUAUUUUCCAGACUACACAAAGCAACAUCACUGGACACAGUCAGAGCAAAACCAAACAGGAAUGUGCAAUAAAAGUUGUAGGCUUAUUCAACCCUGCA